AUGGAAAAGUACGAGGCGGCACCUGUUGAGCUCCUAGCAUCUAAAAUAUCGGUAUGGUGGGACAUCACCAGCUGUCCGGUUCCCGAAGGUUAUGAUCCUCGUCUUGUCCGUAAGACUAUAGAAUCAAAGUUAAAGAAGACAUGCUACAGUGGUCCUCUCACCAUCACUUCCCUUGAUGCAAGAAUGGGCAAGAAAAUUCAGGAGGAUGAGCUGGAUGAUUUCAAUGUUGAACCUGUUGGUAUUGUUUGCAGAGGAACGCUCAAGAUCAAGGCACCUAACAACGCUAUAUUAUGCAAAGAUUCAGCAUCAAGAUCUUAUGUGGGUUCAGCUCUAGUUUCUGAGGCUUUGGCAGUAAGGAACGCUCUUCGAGCAGCAGCAGCUUUGGGACUAACCACCCUCAAUUUAUUCUCGGACUCCCUAGUCCUCAUCUCCACCCUCCUUUCAGGGUCUGAUCUGAAUGAGAUUGUGGGUCUCCUGGUUGACCUCAGGAACCUUGCCUCUCUCUUCAAUCACUUAUCUUUCUCUCAUGUUUCUCCUACUUGUAAUGUAAUGGCAGACUCCUUAGCCAAAUCAGCUCUAGCAAGGCUGAUGGCAGACAAUGCUCUCUUUAGAGCCUAG